AUGAGUGAACAUAACAACCCCUCGAAUGAGGCUUUAGGCGCCGCUGAAGGCCCUGACGCAAAGAAACAAUGCCUCAUCGACACGCCGCCCGUUGCAGGCACCCCGGACAACGGUAGCGACUUUUACAACACUCCUCUGACUGGAGGGACACCAGUACCAAGCGCAAGUGGUAUGGUAGCAGAGUCAACUGGCGCCACAUCGGCCCCUGCCAUCCAACCUACCCCAUCGAUCCCCGGAUUGAACCUCGUCGACCAUAGCGCUCAACAAGACACCAGCAAUGAAACCGAGCCCACAAUCAAGAAAGAGGACGAGCAAGCAACUUCCCAGCCUCAGGAUUCCGAAGUACGGAUAAAGGAAGAAAACGAGCCUACUCGGAUCUCACGUGAGCCAAAUGCUCUUCUCGAUGAUGUGAUGGAAGUUGUCGACACCCAUGACGGCAAUAUGAUCGAUGCUGGCGGAAGUAAUGAGAAUGAAGAAGAGCACCCGGAGUGGGAAGUGGAUUCAUCCCCGUACGAAUCAUCGUCGGACAGUUCUGAUUCCUCCGACUCGGAUGACAGCGACGACGAGGACUAUCCUAUCCUGAGUGCCGAAGAACAAGCUCGAAUCCUCAUGCAAGCGGAAGCUGGCUCUGAUGAUGAGGGUGACCACAAGGGAAAGUCGGGUGGGCAGCUCCGCACGGCCAACGAGAUUGAACAAGAGGUUCUCCCGCUCCCCAAUAUCGAAAUUACACCCGAGAUGAAGAUCGUGUUCUUGGGUAAAGUCCAUGCAGCCAUUGACAACAACGUUCUUAUCGAGGCCAACACAUCUGGAGAGUACCAGGUCCUUGAGUCUGGCUCUUUGCUGUGCUCUGAUGAUCGCAAGGUCAUUGGUGUAGUCGCCGAGACCCUGGGCAGAGUGGAGAAUCCGCUCUACACCAUGUCAUAUGCAACUGCAGCCGAAGUUCAAGAACGGGGCCUUGUCAAGGGAUUGGAUAUCUUCUAUGUUGAGGCUCACUCAACAUUCGUGUUCACACAACCCCUCAAGGGCAUGAAGGGAAGCGAUGCGUCCAACUUCCAUGACGAGGAAGUGGCCGCUGAAGAGAUGGAAUUCUCAGACGACGAGGAAGAGGCUGAAUAUAAACGCAAGCUGAAGCAAAAGCGCCAAGAGCGCAAGGACGCCCGGGAUGGCCCCAAAGGCAAGAAGGCCGCACCCGGACCUUCAAAACUGAGCCAGACUGAGCUCAACUACGACGAUGCAGCGGGCGAGGGCUACACUCCUCUCGAACGCCCUACAAACCUUCACGAGAUGAUGGGUUCCCGCGAGGCACCCGUCGAAGGGAAUGAGCGUGGUGGCCACCGUGGCAGAGGCCGUGGGCGAGGUGAUCGUGGCCGCGGCGGAAGAGGCCGUGGCGGAGCUGGCAGAGGUGGAAGAGACUGGGACCACGACCGUCGUCCCCAACAAAACCACGAACCCCAGCAACAGCAGCAGCCUCAGCCUCAAGCACAGCCUGCUCCUUACGGACAGCCGAUGUAUGGCAUGCCUCAGCCUUUCGCUGCAUAUGCCCAAUACGCACAGCAGCAAGCCCAAAACCCGCAGUUCGCUCAGCAACAGCCGCAGUUUGGUCAAGGUGGACCUCAACAACAGUACCCCUUCCAAUUCCCCUUCCAGCAGCCCCAGAUGCAGCCAGGUUUCCAGAAUAUGCCUCAGGGUGCCCCUCAUAUCAAUCCUCUGUUCCUGGCUGCUCUGCAACAACAGCAGCAAUUCCAGCAGCAGCAGCAGCAGCCACCGCAACAAUAUCAACAAUAUCAACCCCAGUACCAGCAACCUCAGCAGCAACAAGCUCCUCAGGGUCAGGCCCCGCCAAUGAACUUCGAUCAGGUCAAAGCUCAAUUGGAUUUGUUGCGGAACCUGAGCCAAGGAAACCAGGGGCCUCCCCCCUCUUGA